AUGGAAAGACUAAACAUACCCAUCCUUGUCUUUUUUUUUUUUUUUCUGCACCUGGGAAUUUAUCGAGCUACUAACAAUUCCAAGUCAAAUGGCAGAGAUAAUACUUACUCUUUAUAUUUUAAAAAUAAACAAAGAUAUGUAAUUCGAAGGGAUGAUGAAUCAGCAUAUAAAAGUUUCUUUUUAUACGUUGAAGAGAUUUACAAAACCACUGUCAUUUAUCCCAUAAAAUAUGUUUACGAAACCCCCUUGAAAUAUUUUGAGAAAAUUAUAUCAUAUAAGAAAAAGGAAAUAAAAAAUGAAAAUUUAAACGAAUUCUGUUUAAAAAAAAAAAAACUCUAUGAACAUGAGGAAAGUCAACAGAUUUGUUUCUGUUGCUAUUGUAGCCCCCACCAUGUCUUUCCAUUAUAUUCGCACUUGAAGUACAAAAUGGAAAAGAUUCUUUGUCGUAAGAGGACUACAGACGGAGAAGAGAGAAUUCUUCUCACUCUGACUUGCUUAAGAAAAAAAAAAAAAAAAUACCACGGAUUUUUCGUACAACAUAAUUCCAACUUCUUCAUGUUAAAUGUCACUUUUCAACAAUUCGACCUGAAUGAUGAAUUUUUCAUAAAGAGAAACGAUAAGUCAGCACUGGAGCGAAAAACUUAUCUCCUGGAUCCCUCGAAGAGCCAAGUGGAUGAUGAAAUAUUUAACGUGCAUUUGAAAUUUCACGCGGAGAGGACUCUUAGAGGAGAUUCCAUUGAAGGCAACUAUCUUUUUCUUGAUUCUGAUGUUUUCAAAAGAAAAGUGCUGCUGGAGGAUUCAUUCAUAGACGAUGGAAUACUGGAAAAUGCUGUUAUCGUGAAACCGGAUGACGUAGACGAAAAAGGAAAAAAAUGUAACAAGAUAACUGGAUAUCCUUUGAUAUGGGAAAUGAAAAGGGUGUUCUGUCAAUAUGGAAAAAACCAUUGCUUAAAUAAACAACUUUCUCACUUUGUGAACUUGGAGAGACACUUAGAGAGGGAGAAGCUGCUACUUCACAACUAUUUUUUUUUCAUGGUUAAGAGGUCUUAUUUAAUGGAUCCAAGAGGCCAAUCCAAGCAAAAGGACUCAAACGAUGCACAACAUGCUAUCGCACACAGUGGACUACACAAUGAAGUAGCAGCUGAGGCAACUGUGGAAAAGUUGGAAGGGGAGUACUACAUGGGUCUAGAAAAGCGAACGCACAAUUUUGUAGUAAUAAGAUCACACAAUGGUGAAGGCUUAAAAAUAACACAAGCAGGAGAAGCAGGUGAAGCAGGAGAAGUAGAAGGAGAAUCUGUAUCGUUUAUUCACAUGCUGAGAAAUUGCUACGACUUUAAAAAUGAGUUAGACCCCUAUUGCACUGUGUAUAUAAGUAUAUGGAAUGCAGAAGAUGUUAAUAAAAAGGUAACCGUUUCGAUUAAUUGUGAAAAGAAGAUUGUUAAAGAUGCAUCAAGGGUAAAAAAAUCUUUUUUAUUACACGCCAAGGAAGAAAAGACAGCUCUGAUAAAGUUUAAACCUGUUGUAGAUCUUCUUGUGACCCCAUGUAGAGUUGUCGUGAGUCGUGACAGAGAACUCUUAGAAUCAGAACAAAGUGAUGAGGUGCGACAAAACCAGAAUGCAAACAUCCGGAGGGAAAUUUCAUCGGAUCUCUCAGGACAGAGAAAAGAAAAAGAACAAUAUUUUCAAUUCUUAAUACAAAAUAAUGAUAAAGUGGAGGGUAAAAGUCAUGGGAAAAUAAUUUUUGAUGCACCUCUCUCGUUUGAUGAUGUCCCAAAGAGAAUUUUCCAAGAACAUAUGAAGCGACUUGAACUUCUCCAACAUUUUGAACUCUCCAAAAAUGUUGAACAUUUUGAAGGAGAGGGGUGGGGAUACCGGGGGUGCAUGCAUAAUCCAAAGCUCUUGAAUUAUCUAGAGAAUUCAAAAAUGACCGUAAAUUUUAUUUUCCUCUUACUUUUCCUUAUCCUUUGUAUCAUUUUUGUAAUUCCAAGUAUGCAUAUGUUUAAUGGAUUCAUAAUUAAAAGACAGUGGUUCCACAAACUGAGAACAAUAAGGAUGUUAAUCAUCUGGAAAAUUCAGGACGCUGGUCGAUUUUUCAAACAAAUGACAAAACGAAUGAUUAAAAUGUGUGUAUAUGUUUGUCGAAAGAUUUACAGAAUUUUUCGCAAAAUAAAGGCGAUUUUUCUCAAGGAUCAUCAGUUAAUUGAUCAGCUGUACAUUGAAAAAAAGAAAAAAAAGAGAAAAAAUCAAAAGAACAAAAAAAUUAGAAAAGCAAAACGGGACAUGCUUCACAGGCAGAAGGAAGAGCUUCGACGCAGGAGGUACAAGAAGUUGAUACGCCACCAGAAAAAGUAUGAGAGGGAGAUGGAGAGGAAGGAAAAGACACACGAUAAGGAAAUUCAGCAUGAAAGAAACCAUAAACUCGAGGGGUGCAUAAACCAUAAAAAAAAGAGAGAUAUCCACAUUGGACGAGGUAAACCAACCGAUGCAAGUAGAAGCAGAAAGGAGGGCCCACGGAAGGUGGAGCGUCGCCCAAGGGACGAAGAAAAGGAAGAAGCAGAUUCAGAUGCAGAAGCGGAAGAGGCAGAUGCAGAAGUGGAAGAAUCAGAAGCAGAAGGGGAAAUUUCAGCUUCUACCUGUUCCUCCUCCGCAUCUGCACCAUCCAGCAGUGAAAGGAGCUAUCAAAAUAGACCCCACAACACCCACUAA